UCCCAUUGUUGAAUUAGUGAAAUUCCUGCAGCAGAUCCUCAUGCCCGUGUGUAGACUAAUGCUGGUGGGAUGUCUACAGCACUGCGCUUGCUUUACUCCUCCAGGCCAGGCACAUUUGCUGCCAGCCCUGUCCUGGUUAGAGCCUUUAGUGUCACCAUACAAAGAGAAGGCUACAAAUAUGUGAAUGCUCAGGAGCUGCCCAUUGACAUGAAGUCUGUUACUGAUCGAGCGGCCCAGACUCUGCUCUGGACUGAACUGUUCAGAGGACUGGGCAUGACUAUGAGUUACCUGUUCCGAGAGCCAGCCACCAUUAACUACCCCUUUGAGAAAGGACCCUUGUCCCCUCGAUUCCGUGGAGAACACGCGCUGCGCAGGUACCCAAACGGAGAGGAGCGCUGUAUCGCGUGCAAACUGUGUGAGGCCAUCUGCCCAGCACAGGCUAUCACAAUAGAAGCAGAGACCCGUGCUGAUGGCAGCAGAAGAACCACUCGCUAUGAUAUUGACAUGACAAAAUGCAUCUACUGUGGAUUCUGCCAGGAGGCAUGCCCUGUAGAUGCAAUUGUGGAGGGUCCUAAUUUUGAGUUCUCCACUGAGACACAUGAGGAGCUGCUUUAUAAUAAGGAAAAGCUGCUGAAUAAUGGAGAUCGCUGGGAGGCUGAGAUCGCUGCCAACAUCCAGGCUGACUACCUGUACAGAUAAACAGCCCUGAACAGGAAGCAAUACAUGCAAACCAUCAGAAUUAAGAAAAUACAUCUGUUGUCUGCUCUUUAUUACAGCCAUAAUUGCAGUGUAUACUAAGAAGCACUCAGUGCACCCAGUGUAGGAGAAUUCAUUGUAUGGUUCAAACUUCCAAGGUAAUGAACUGAAACAUCACUAAUCGCAUUCUCAGGAACUUAAUAAUCACGCACAAAUGUACACAAGUACACAAUGAAUGAAGUGUAAUUAUUGUAUUUUAUAAUAGAUUUACUUUCAGAAAUAAAACUUUAAAAAAUA